AUGUCGGAUUCUGCACAAAUAUACAUGGAGAAUGUGUUUCACAUUACGGGCUACCUACACCGACUGCUGUUCCUAAUGAAGGAACUCGAUUUUAAAGAGAACCAGAUAAACAAGCUCAUCCAAGAGAAGGAGGAAAUCUAUUUAGCAAAUCUGAAUCACCUAUCGAGGAAUCAGAUUGACAGACAGGGGACCUACUUGACUGGUCAGUCGAGCCUACAGAAUGAGGAAAUUCUGCCUGAGUUCGAAAAACAGAACUGUGAGACGGAGUGCGAUCAACUGAAUGGAAGAAGUAACCAGGGGGACGUGAACCCGUCGGGGGAUCGCGAAGUGCCCAUUAAGGAGGAGGAACACUCCGAUGGGGAGGACCCCUCGGGAAGUGGAGCCCCACUAGCCGAUGUUGAUCCACCACGGGAUAGUAAUCCUACCGUUGAGGAACCAUCCAAUAACUGCCAGCCCAAUGACCCCACGGACGCAGGGAGCGAGUCCUCUUUAAAAGGCACCUCGCAGAAAGCAGCCCAACGUGAAGGGAAUUCGCACCAUCCCAGAUCUCACAGGAAAAAGACAGCCGCGCGUAUAAAGACAGGUAGUAGAGGCAACCCGCAAGACGUUCCAACGGAUGGUCUCCACCUGGAGGGAAAAACAAACCGUGCGGGAAGAACCCCCGUCGAGGGGAAAGGGAUUAAACAGGAAAUACCAACAGAUGAUGAGCAGAAGGGGGAAGCCGAAAAGGAGGAAGAUAAUAUACCAAAUAAUGUAGCAAAUCACCAUACAAACCCGAAUGAUACCCCGUGUGAGGAGCCGGCAAGCCCCGCCCCCAAGCGGGGAACCCACCUACCCCCCCCCCAGACGUACAAAAAGAGAAACAGCAACCAACACAUCCCCAGCGCAAACACAGACGACCAAGAAAAGAGCCCAGUCUGCAAACCGAUACAAAUAUACACCGAGGAACAAUUAGAAAAUCUCCUGAACGAAAUUAUUAGCGACAGGGAACAGUGUAUAGCUCUCCUGAAAGAGAAGAUAUGCAUCAACAACCAGAUAUCUUAUCUCAUAAAAACCGAUUUCGAUCGUGUGAAGAGUCAGCAUGAUAAGUUGUUUGUCGAGAUGGAGAUGAAUGGUGAGUCGCCUCCUUACUUACAUAAUACGAGUAGAAAUAGGAACGGCCCGUCUGAAUGGAACAACCAGGACAACGUCCAUCAGAGGAGUGGCUUCCCACAUGAUCAGCUCGCCAGCCAUGUACACGGAAAUGAUAUCCAUGGUAGCGGCGCCCACGGAAGUGGCAUGCAUGCCAAGGCCAACCGGAACAGGAACACACACCAGUUUAACCCCUACGACAUGGAAAAAACCAAAGACGAUGACGCAGAUAGCUCUUCCAUAAAAGCCUUUGGCAGAAAACACUCCCAGAAGUACGACGAGGAUUACACCCCCUACACUGUCGGGAAGAAUAAAAAGAUGAGGAAGUCGAAGAAGAGCCGAGGGGGCGAAAACGCCGCCGACAAAGCUAACGCAGCCACUAAACUGAAGACCCUGCCCGACAAGGGAGCCUCCGGCGUGGGCGCCAAUGUCAGUGGCAUCAGUGAACCCGCGGUGCAAAGUGUGGGCCAAGGUGCCGGCCAAAAUGCCUCCGAAAGCGGAAGCAACCAAAUGCGAAUUCGCCUCCUUUCGGUGAAAACCCUCUCGCAGGAGGAGGCCCCCCUGGCUGUGCAAACCGACAAGCCUGACGAUGCUCCCUCGGAGGCCGUGGCCCCUGCUGGGGUGGAAGUCGACCCACGCUUAUCCACCUCGGAAGCCAAGGCGGACGUGGGCAAAUGA